GAUUUAUUGAUUUUCCUACUCCUCCUCUCCCCAUGAAAAUGCCGCUGAAAUACGUCAAGAGUCAGAAAGGCAGGGAUCAGCUGCUUCACGAAGGGUACCUGUAUCAGAAGGAGCGGGAGAGCAAGAGCAAGAUGGUCUGGAAAUGCGCCGACUACCACAAGUCCCGUUGCCCGGGGAAGGCCCACACACGCAACGGCAAGCUGGUACACUCCUUGCCACACGAUCACCCUCCUCCUGCCAAGACAACCAGCAUAGAUCCCGAGACGUGUGGCACGAAGAAAAAGCCCUCCUCCAGCCAAAAGCCCGUCCGCAAAGGGUCCGUGCCAAGCUGCCAGGCGUCACCAGAGGUGCCCGCUUCCCACAAGCCGCGCAUCCAGAACAAUCCAAAGCUAACCAUCCAGCUCUUGAGAGCACGUCUGAACGCAGCCCGCCGAGUCGUGUCGGACUUGCAGCAGGUGUCUUCUGCUGUCGCUGAGACGGUUCCUGUAGAUCCGUCUUCGCCAGCUUCUCUGGACUUGCCUGAGCGCUCGGGUGCAUUUGAGGACGCAAGAUCCAAGGCUGCCCCUGCUCUGGACAACAGCAAAAAUGCAUCCCAUUUGUUCGCAACCCGGUCCAGUCGGGAAGCUGCUCGCCAGAGGUUCCGCUUGGGCCCUGUCCCACCUGCAGAAACCCCCCAGGAGAUUCUGUCCUGGCUGAGCAAGGCGGCUGAGCGAUGGCUGUGUCCUCAGCAGCACAGCAAGGACCAGAUUGUGGACAUGGUUGUCCUGGAACAGUUCCUGAACAUGUUCCCUGGGAACGUGCAGGCAUGUGUGAGAGCCAGGGAGCCAGGCAGCAGCAAGGAAGCACUUCAGCUGGUCGAGAGCUAUUUCAAAGAAGAGGAGCCAGCUAACGCUGUUCAGGGCCUGGUAACCUUUGAAGAUGUAUCUGUGCGUUUCACGGAGGAAGAAUGGGCUCUGCUGGGCCACAGAGAGAAAACCCUUUACUGGAAUGUAAUGCAGGAGAAUUACGAUAACGUGGCCUGGAUAGCAGGUGAUGGGACCGAUAGCAAACAGAGAGAGGAGGAUCCUUGGCUGGAAGCGCAUGAAUCGGUGGUGAUGGGAAAAUCCAAGGAGGCUAUUUUGCAGAGUCCUGAACAAGACUUGCUAAGGCAGAGCUGUCUGGAGAGGCAGCAAAAAACCAACUCAGGAAGAGAAAGGGAAAAGGAUGUUCUCUGUUGGAAGAGUUUGCAAAAACUAGACAGUGACAUGGUUCACCUAGAGAUGGAGACAUGUGCUGAUUGUGAGGACUGCGGCGAAUCCUUAUCAGCAUUUAUCAAUACUCAGCAAAGUCCCAGUGAGAAAAGUGCUGAGCCUGUGACUCUCUCUGGGAAGUCACAUGAAUUAUCUGAGAAGAAAAUCCUGCAGAAUAUUCAGGAAAACUUAAUCAAAGAGGACCAGAGCAGUUUGCCAGGGCAACAGGCAAGCCACUCAGGAAAGGGAGAGGAUAGAUCUACUCUUCUUAGAAGCAGCUUGAGGGACCCACUUCAUCUCGACUCUAGGCCAUGUACUGAUUCUGCAGAACUGGAAGAAUCACUAAGACUUGGCAGCAAUCAGAAAAUCCACAGCAGGGAAGAUCCAGACUAUGUGGCACUGUGUGGGGAGUCAUUGGAAAUGUCUGUGGACGAGAUUUCUCAGAUUUCUGCCGAGCAAGACCUGCAGUCCAAGCCUAUGCAGCUUUGCUCAAACCUGAUUCUUGCCGAAGCGAACGAGACGGCCGACUUACAGCACAAACUUGCAGAUGUUUACUCAGAAGUAAGUACCACUGAGUCCAGUGGGGCUCACUCCCAGGGAAGUGGGUGUAGGUUUUCAGAUUCAAUCAGCAAGGACCAGAAUGUUCUGGAGAGCCAUCGCACCAGCAACUCAGGAAAUGAUGACAGACAGGAGAAAUGCCUUCUCUAUGAAAAUGGUCUGAGGGAUCUGUCCAAAGACAUGCUUCAGCUAGAUGCUGAACCAGGACCAGAGAACCAGAAUAUGCGCACUGGUUGUGGGGGUCGAGAUCAAUGCUCCAAGCACAUGGGUAGCCUGGAAAUGGCUCACAGGGAAGACCUAUCUAAAAGUCCCAUGUCCAAUAGGCGGUUCACCCAAAAUUCAGGUCCUGCGGGCCAUACUAGCUGUUCUGAUUCAGGUAAGAAGCCCAGAGACCUCUUGGCUUUAAUGAAACACAGGAGACUUUACAAAAGAGGAAAGUAUUUUCAUGGGGAAAACAUGCACGCCAAGUCUGUUCUUGGAGUGCCUCAAAGAAUCCAGCCAGCCGGAAAACUUCAGAAACGUUUGGACUGGAAAGACAAGGGCUGCUACAGACUUAGCCAACGGAGACUAAGGCAACCCCUCAAAGACCACCUCCAGACUCGCGAAGCGUUGCACCUGACUACAGCGACGAUCGGAACGGCCUCAGGGACCGGAUCUUCCCCGCCAAACCCCCAAAGACUGAAACCCGAGCCAAUAUCUCCCUCCCCUCCCCCUCUCUACAAAAUGGCGGCUGAGCCAACGCUGGCCCAGUUCAUGGCUCUGCUAGAGCAAGUUGCUGCCGACGCUGUGGAGAUAAAGUCUGCAGUCUCCCGCUUGCACACCUCGGUCACUGCCAUCCACAGCGCCCUCGGGAGUCUCUCUGGGUGCUCGGGCGAGGCUGAGCUCAGGAUUUCUGACUUGGAGGACACCUCCCGAAAUACAAAGGCCCAGCUUGUGAAGCAGUGUAACGAUAUUAAAGCUAUCGAGGCCAAACUGAUUGGGAAAGCUGUCCACACCAAUGUCAUUGCAGGGUUGUGGUCAUCGCUGAGGGGUCAGAGAGAGGCAGCCGCCCCUUCAUCGGCCCCCUAACUAAUGUGCAAGGAUGUUUCUGAAGACUUGGCUCAGAGAGAGAUCAAGCACCUAUCAUUCCAAAACUAGGCUUGGAUGCAAUUGGUCCAGACAACCUGUUCACUGCCCACAAAUGUACCACUCCUUUCUGCUGCCUUAGAAAAACCUUUGCAAGCUUUUGACCCUCUGCUGCUUUCAAUAAACCUUUGGUGACCACAGUAAAAAAA